AAUGAUGAAAAAUUUGUUAUGGUAAACAAUUGAGAGCCUUAACACUGUUCUAUGCUUAAGCUUGAUAUUGGAUAACAAUGACAAUCCUAAUUCUAUUGCCCGUCAUGUCUCAUCCGCAAAGCCUUGAGGCAGAGCUUGUCUAUACACAAGAUGAUGACGGUGGAGACAAUGAUGAACAUCAUGAGGAUGAGCAUGACGAUGUUGAGGAUGAUGAAGACACAACCGAUGAGGAUGCUCGACAAGAUUUCGAGGAUGAUGGUCCCAAUGAAAGCGAUAUUGAGGCUGAAGAAAAUGACAGUAACUCAAAUGAUAAUUGCCCUGAAUAUGACAAAGAAGAGGAGGUCAAGGAUGAAGAGGAGGAAGGCAACGACAAAGAGGAGGAGGAGGAGGAGGAGGACGAUGAAGAGGAGGAAGGCAACGAUAAAGAGGUGGUGGAGGAUGAAGAGGAAAAAGGCAAUGACAGAGGUGGUGGAGGAUGAAGAGGAAAAAGGCAACGAUAAAGAGGUGGUGGAGGAUGAAGAGGGGGAAGGUGACGACGAAGAGGUGGAGGAGGAUGAAGAAGAGGAAGGUGAUGACAAAGAGGAGGAGGAAGGCAACGACGAAGAGGAGGAUGAAGACUAGGAAGAUAUGAAGAACGAAUAGGAGGAUCAGAUCAUCAAAUGAUGAAGAGUAGUACAUAGAUGACAACUAUAUGAAGGAAAGUUGCAUCUGUUCAGAUUAGACAUUAAAUGUUACUAGGAAUGCCUUCUCUCGAGGUCAAAUGAUUAAACCCUAAACUAAUUUAAGCAAGAGACCAAGACGAAAAAAAAAAAAAAAAAAAAAAAAGUUAAUC